CAGCGUUGCAACGACACCACUGUAAUGUUUAACGUGUUAGUGAAGUUAUAGUUUCUAUUCAUGGAGCAAGGUUAAGGUCGGAGAAACAGGUUCAAAGCUAUUUCCUCCACGGAUGUGAAUCUUGACUAUCUUGCUACCAAAACAACGUAAGAGGGCGUCUUUUUGGUGUUUUUUGGGAACCCCUCCACUCUUUCUAACCACACAUAUAUAAAGAAAGGCGGUCGACAUGGUGGUCAACACCAUCCACUGGUUCAGGAAGGGGCUGCGGCUGCACGACAACCCGUCUCUGAGGGACUCUAUCCGGGAUGCGGACACGCUGCGCUGCGUCUACAUCCUUGACCCCUGGUUCGCAGGCUCCUCCAACGUGGGCAUCAACAGGUGGAGGUUUCUGUUGCAGUGCUUAGAGGAUUUGGAUGCCAGCCUGCGCAAACUCAACUCCCGCUUGUUUGUCAUCAGAGGCCAGCCUACAGAUGUCUUCCCUCGGAUUUUUAAGGAAUGGCAGAUUAACCGUCUAUCUUAUGAGUACGACUCCGAGCCGUUUGGCAAGGAACGUGAUGCUGCCAUCCAGAAACUAGCCAGCGAGGCCAAGGUAGAGGUCACGGUGCGGACUGCACACACCCUCUACGAUCUGGACAAGAUCAUAGAACUCAAUGAUGGUCAGUCUCCUCUCACGUACAAGCGCUUCCAGGCCCUCAUCAACCGUAUGGAAGCUGUGGAGCUGCCCGCAGAGACGAUCACAUCCGAGGUUCUCAAAAACUGUGCCACACCCAUCAGCGAAGACCACGAUGACAAGUUUGGGGUGCCCUCCCUGGAAGAGCUUGGUUUUGAGACAGAGGGCCUGACCACAGCAGUUUGGCCAGGUGGAGAAACAGAAGCCCUCAUGAGGCUGGAGCGGCAUCUGGAGAGAAAGGCAUGGGUGGCAAACUUUGAGCGUCCACGUAUGAACGCCAACUCCCUGCUGGCCAGUCCCACCGGCCUCAGCCCCUACCUGCGCUUCGGAUGUCUCUCCUGUCGACUCUUCUACUUCAAACUCACUGACCUGUACAUGAAGGUCAAGAAGAACAGCACCCCGCCGCUCUCCUUGUAUGGCCAGCUGCUGUGGAGGGAGUUCUUCUAUACGACGGCCACCAACAACCCCUGCUUUGACAAGAUGGAGGGAAACCCUGUUUGUGUGCAGAUCCCCUGGGAUCGGAACCCGGAGGCGCUGGCCAAGUGGGCCGAGGGACGGACGGGCUUUCCCUGGAUAGACGCCAUCAUGACUCAGUUGAGGCAAGAGGGGUGGAUCCAUCAUUUGGCGAGGCAUGCUGUGGCCUGCUUCCUCACCAGGGGAGACCUCUGGGUCAGCUGGGAGGAAGGCAUGAAGGUGUUUGAAGAGCUGCUUAUAGACGCGGACUGGAGUGUAAAUGCUGGCAGCUGGAUGUGGCUUUCCUGCAGUUCAUUUUUCCAGCAGUUUUUCCACUGCUACUGCCCCGUGGGAUUCGGGCGACGCACGGACCCCAACGGGGACUACAUACGGCGUUAUUUGCCCAUACUGAAAGGCUUUCCAGCCAAAUACAUCUAUGAUCCUUGGAAUGCCCCAGAGGAAGUGCAGAGGGCAGCCAAGUGUAUGAUAGGAGUCCACUACCCCAGGCCCAUGGUGAACCACGCUGAGGCCAGCCGCGUCAACAUCGAGCGGAUGAAGCAAAUCUACCAGCAGCUUUCCAGCUACAGAGGACUAGGCAUGCUGGCAUCAGUUCCUGCCAAUCUCAACAAUGGUGCAAAUGGCAGUAAUGUCGUAGCAGUCAACACAGGGACCAGUCAAGGUCCAGUAGGGUCCUCUGAAGGCCUCAACACAUACGCGGGAAUGUCUCGAACAGAAAGAGGACAUUCCACGCAGAAGCGGCGCCGCGAGGAAGUUUCGCCCAAAUGCAGCUCUAAAUUCUGGAGGCCGAGCAAAUAGACUGCAAAAAGCAAAAGACAAUGGGGUCCCUCAGUCGGUCUGGAUCAUCUGGAUAGCAUCCUCUCCUGAUAUGCUCUCAGCUGACACACAGAACUAACAAACCAUAGAUAAGAUGAUGUGUCUUGAUCUCCAGAUAAGACACAUCGCACAUCUCAGGAACCGAGGAAGGAAUUCAGAGACAAUGAAAACAUUGACGAGAGAAAACCCUGGAAAAGCAGGGUAUAAAAGGCAGAGACAAUUGAUCUCUGAAGUCUUCACACCAGGGUGUUGUGACGCAGCCUAUUGUCUUCCACUACAGUAUGUCUCUGUACAACUGUUGAAAGGACUAAUCGUUAUCACCACCCCCCCCCCCCUUCAACACCCGAGAUCACAGGCCAGGAUGUCAUUUGAGUGGAACUGUGUAAUUCUGUUUAUCUAGCCAUCGGUUGUGGUAGAUAGCGAGCUGAUCUUUAUGUGAAAAGGUCAACAUCUGAAAUCUCAUUUCCAUCUGAGUGAUGGGAACCUAUAACUCAACCUUGAGACAAAUCCUUCAACCACUCUGACAUAAGAUGAUCUGAGAGCUGCACUGCGAAGCAGGAUUUGGGGUUAGCGAGGUAACUUCAGGGUUAACCCUUCAGGGUUUUCAGUCCUACGACGGUGGUUCACUUCUUACCGGGGUAGAUCGCCGUGGUAAUUGAUGCUGAACAGCUGACCUGCUCCGGAGCAAGUUAUGUUCGAGAUAAGAGAUCAACUUGUAUAAAAGCACCGCCUACGGUAUGCUGAACUCGCUUCGUAGUACAGGCCUCUGGAUAACACACAGUUGUAUAUCUUUUCUCUAAAACAAGCCCCCAAAUAUGUCAUAUGAAGAAUAUUAAGUCACACUUCAUGUCAUGGAUGUACAUAGUUUUUUUUUCCCAAAGUUUUAGGACACAAAGGUCUGAUGUACAGUAGUAACGAAUAUUAGAAGCAAGAUUGUCAGGUUUGACAAUAAACAGGCCUUGCAUUGUACAUUUUGUAAAUAUUUGUUUUUUCAAACUUUUGUAUAUUUGCCUCUGUAGUUUCACAACUCCUUUUUGUAAAUAACGUGGAACUUAAAAAGUUCCACUGUGAAUAAUGCAUGUGCGUCUCCCAUGUGAUUGUAAAUCUAUUAUUUUUGUAUAAAAAAAGGCCAAAUUUGAACUGUAUUGAAAUAAAUGACAGAAACAUUUAUGUAUA